AUGGAAAAAUGGCAUGACAGGGUAGCCUUGGUAACGGGAGCUUCAUCUGGCAUUGGAUGGGCAGUUGCAUCCAAACUUGCUUCAUGUGGAGUAAAAGUUAUUGCGUGUGCUAGAAACUAUGAAAAAUUACAAGAAUUAGAACAAUUAGGACAUCCCAAUCAGAUCACUCCAAUAAAAUGUGAUUUGACAAGUGAAGAAGAAAUAUUGGCCAUGUUUGAGAGGAUCUCAAAAGAUCAUGGAGGUGUUGACAUAUGCAUCAACAAUGCUGGCCUUACUCACAGUGCACCACUCCUAAGUUCAAAAACUGAAAACUGGAAGGACAUCUUGGAUGUGAAUGUGUUAGCAUUGUGCAUUUGUACAAGAGAAAGUAUAAAGCAGAUGAAGAAAAGAAAAAUUGAUGAUGGUUUCAUUAUUAACAUUUGCAGCAUGGCAGGUCACAGGAUGUUGAAAUCACCGAACAACCACUUCUACAUGGCUACCAAACAAAUGGUCAAGGCUCUGACGGAAGGUGUGCACAACGAGCUGAGAGCUAUGAAAUCCAACAUCAGAGUUACUCAAAUCUCUCCUGCUGUAACAGAAACGGAAUUUUUCGUGAGAGGCCUAGGAAGCAAAGUGGCAGAACAAAUUUUCAAGGCUAACCCUCCACUGCAAGCAAACAACAUAGCCGAUGCUGUCAUAUAUGCUCUUACUCAACCUCCUCAUGUCCAAAUAUGUGAUAUUCUUAUCAAGCCAACGUGUUCUGAUAACUAA